CUGACGCGUGCGCACUGUCAGUACGGAGGCACACCAUGGAGGACCAAGAAGAGCUAGGUUUUGAACACAUGGGGCUGGAUCCCCGGCUCCUGCAGGCUGUCGCUGACUUGGGCUGGUCGCGACCUACGCUGAUCCAGGAAAAGGCCAUACCUCUGGCUCUGGAGGGGAAGGACCUCCUGGCCCGCGCCCGCACAGGCUCCGGGAAGACGGCAGCGUAUGCUAUUCCGAUGCUGCAGUUGCUUCUCCACAAGAAGGCGACAGGUCCUGUAAUGGAACAAGCUGUGAGAGGCCUUGUCCUUGUUCCUACGAAGGAGCUGGCGCGGCAGGCCCAGUCAAUGAUUCAGCAGCUGGCUGCCUACUGUGCUCGGGAUGUGCGAGUGGCUAAUGUCUCAGCUGCUGAAGAUUCCGCUUCUCAGAGAGCUGUGUUGAUGGAGAAGCCAGAUGUGGUGGUGGGGACCCCAUCCCGAAUAUUAAACCACUUACAGCAAGACAGCUUGAAGCUCCGUGACUCCCUGGAGCUGCUGGUGAUAGACGAAGCUGACCUUCUCUUUUCCUUUGGCUUUGAGGAUGAACUCAAGAGUCUUCUCUGUCACUUGCCUCGGAUUUACCAGGCCUUUCUCAUGUCGGCCACUUUCAAUGAUGACGUACAAGCUCUGAAGGAGCUGGUACUACAUAACCCGGUUACCCUCAAGUUACAGGAGUCCCAGCUGCCGGGGCCAGAGCAGCUGCAGCAGUUUCAGGUGGUUUGUGAGACGGAAGAAGACAAAUUCUUGCUGCUGUAUGCCCUGCUCAAGCUCUCGCUGAUUCGGGGCAAAGCCUUGCUCUUUGUCAACACUCUGGAGAGGGGUUACCGACUGCGGCUCUUCCUGGAACAGUUCAGCAUUCCGUCCUGCGUGCUCAAUGGAGAGCUCCCGCUGCGCUCCAGGUGCCACAUCAUCUCACAGUUCAACCAGGGCUUCUAUGAUUGUGUCAUAGCAACAGAUGCUGAAAUCCUGGGACCACCAGUCAAAGGCAAGCGGCGAGGCCGAGGAGCCAAAGGAGACAACACCUCUGAUCCAGAGUCAGGUGUGGCCCGGGGCAUAGACUUCCACCAUGUAUCUGCGGUACUCAACUUUGAUCUCCCUCCCACUCCAGAAGCCUAUGUUCAUCGAGCUGGCAGGACAGCUCGAGCCAACAACCCAGGCAUAGUUCUGACCUUUGUGCUGCCCACAGAACGGUCUUGCUUGGGAAAGAUUGAGGCGCUUCUCAGUGGAGAGGGCGAGGCUCCCAUCCUGCUUCCCUACCAGUUCCAGAUGGAGGAGAUUGAAAGCUUUCGCUAUCGCUGCAGGGAUGCCAUGCGCUCAGUGACCAAACAGGCCAUUCGAGAGGCGAGACUGAAGGAGAUCAAGGAGGAACUUCUACACUCAGAGAAGCUCAAGACAUACUUUGAAGACAAUCCCAGGGAUCUCCAGCUGCUACGCCAUGAUCUGCCCCUGCAUCCUGCGGUGGUAAAGCCUCAUCUGGGCAAUGUCCCUGACUACUUGGUUCCUGCUGCUCUUCGUGGCCUUGUACAACCUCGGAAGAAACGGAGAAAGCUGCCCUCCUCUAAGAAGACUAAGAAGGUGAAGACUCGGAACCCACUGCGUGACUUCAAGCACAGGGGGAAGAAACCUAAACCCACAGCGAAGCCCUCUUGAGGUGGCUUGGGCCUGAGGACACUGAAUUGGGCAUCCUGACCUGGAUGGAGUGAGUGGGCUUCCCACUUUUUGUGGGCACACUCUGAUGCUCACUGCCUGGACAGACUGAACUUCGAAGUGGCGGACUUGGGCACUCCAUCUUCUUGGUACUACUGGACUACCAUCCUGCUUAACAGAGUAAAGAUUCCAGGUGCCCCACCCGGGCUGUAAGCCUCUGGCAUCUGGGAAGACACUGCUUUCCCAAAUCUCCAGAGUUAAUAAACUUUUAUAAAGUG